AUGGGCUGUUCCCCGUCCAGGGGGAACCGUUUCAUCAGGGCCAGGGACCCUCUGCCACCGGGACCCGGAUCGGGCCAGGAGCCGGCAGCUGAGUAUCCGCCGGACGACGACGGAGCUUGUUGUGAAGCCACUGCAGAUGGAGAGCAGGGUUCCUGGACUUUGGUUAGCGAGAGGCAGCAGGCGACGGGCAAAUACUCCAGCAUCGCCCUCUCGGCUAAGAAAGCGGUCAGCGAACUGGGCGGGGAUCUCUUGGAGAAACUCGCCCCCCAGGAGAUCGCGGCUGACAUUCUGUCUCAGCUCAAGCAGCAGCACAUGAAUGGGGGGGUGGACACUAAUCCGGAACCAGCAGCAGCAGCAGCUGACAACAAAACCCCCAAAAGAUCGAAAUCUAAAAAAUCCGUGAAAGGACUUAAAGGGAGCAGCAGCAGCAGGAAAAAGGAGAAAGAGAAAAAGCCUCCUCCUGCUCCGCCUCCGGUCCCGGAAGUGAAAGUGGACUUCCCGGAGCUGCUGGUGAAGGCUCACCAGGCGGCCUACAGCUACCUCAACCCCAGCAUCACCAAGUACGAGGUGCUGCUGGGCCUCCUUGACAACGCCGCCCAGACGCAGCUCCUGCUGCAGCCCAUGGUGUCCUUCAUGCUGAUGCGCUACGAGGAGAUCAACAGGGGCCUGGAGGAGAUUGUGGACGAGGGAGAGAAACUCCUCAAAGAGCACGGCGAACACCUGGCGUGGCCUUGCCCUACAAAAAAGUCCUCUGGCACCAAGGCAUCGGCCUCGUCAUCGGCGUCGGCGUCCCCGACGACCGAACCGCCUCAACCGGAUCUGCUCCAGCAGCUGCUCCAGUACACCGUCCAGCGGAUGCACCUGGUGAGCCAAUCGGUGAGCGGCGUGGGGGACGCGGCGCUGGAAGAGGCGGCGGACUACUUCACGUCCGUGACGGACGUCCUGGAGGACAAGCUGGCGGCGAAGCGGGCGUCGGAGGCCCGGCUCAUGCAGCUGCUGUCGCGCGUGGAGGCGGCGUCGCUGCGCCGGCCCGGACCGGAGGACUCGGCACUGUUCAGCGAGGACAGCGGCAUCGGCGGCGAGAGCGAGUCGCUGCUCGGCCUGGACAGACACAGGCAUCGGCGGGAGAGCUGUGAGUCCAGUGCCACUACUCGUACAUCGGGGAGCAGUCCAAUGGGCGUGGUCCCCACGCCGGCCCUCCUGAGAGGGGCGGGGCUAGGGAGGUUCAAACCCGCGCUGCAAAGGGGGUCCAGCCUCUCUCUCACCUCCUUGGACUCCUUCUGUAAUCUCGCCAAGGACCAAGUGACCUCGGAGCUGCUUCGGAGGAGCAUGGACUCCAUUGACAACGAUAACGACGAGGAGGAGGACGGGGACGACGAGAAGGAGGAGGGGAAAGAGAAAGAUCGCAAGGACGACGGCGGGCGAGACGAUGGUAACAAUAAGUCGUCCCCGCGACACGCUGCCCAUCAGCCGCGCCGUUUACCCUCCAGACGCAUCGAGAAUCCACAAAACAUAGAAAUGACGCUAAAGCUAAAGGAUGCGAUUAGCGGUCGCAUCCGGUUCCUACCGUCGGAAAAGGUAAACUCGAACACGAACUCACCCUCCAAGACGAAGCAGCCGGAGAGUCCGAAGAUCAGCAGGAGACAGUGGAGCGAAGGAGGGGCGGAGAUGACGACGCCGAGGAGGCCUCAAACGCCCACGCCCAAGAGGAAGUCCACGGCGGUCCGACACCGGCGCGCGCACUCUGCCGACUCCAUCCGGAAGGCGGAGGACCCCACGCUACUCGAGCUGGAGAGGACUCAGAAGGACCUGUCGCAGAGGAUCGAGAAGAUGAGCAAAGCGGAGGGCAACAUCCGGAGCAACGGGCCUAAGGGAAAGGGGAAAACACAGCCGCCCGCUUCCACUUCCCCGUCCACGCCAAGGCCUGCCGGGGGGGCGUAUGGGGGGCGCAACAACGUCAAAAGACUCAUAGACACGUUCAGCCAAGGAGUGGAGGAGGUACAACACACACCCGAGAACGCUAAAGUCCUCGGCCCCUUGAAAGGCGUCCUCAAAUGCGGGGUGCCCAUCAUCCCCGGGUUAGGGGGCGCGGCGCUGGCAAUCGGAAGCGACGACGGCGACGUCCGACGAUCGGACUCGAGGUGCUCGGACAGACUGACCGACGUCGACAUCGACAGCUUGCCGCCGCCACCUCUGGAGGUCCUCAUGGACAACUCCUUUGAAAACGUCCACGUAGGUGGUGGUGGUGGGGAGGUGGGUAGAGGAGGUGGGUACUCGCCUCUCCUCCGGAGACCCACGGUCACCCAGAGACUCCGCGCCUCCAUGCAGUGUGUCAGCGUGCUGCCCAGCCGAGGCAACAUGCGCCCAGGAGGAGGAGGCCCCCCCAGCAGCAGCAGCACCAACACCACCACACUGCCCCCUUGUGGAGCCCAGCAGGAAUUGUCUGCUGCUGCUGCUGCUUCUGCUGCUUCCUACCAGGAGUCUACUAUGACUGAGGUCAGUGCGGACAGUAGUGGUAAUAGUAACGCAUUUGGCUUCUCGCCUAAAAAGGUGCAGAGGAUGGGGCUGAACGCGGGGAGAAAGAGUAGAGGACUGCAGCAGUCCCCCAGUAGACAGAGAGACAGCACCUCUUCCGAUUCAGUGCCUUCCACUCCUGAGAGUAACGGCGGUCGUCAUCAUCAAACGACGGCCGCAAAGUCAAAAUCCAAACGGGUGCGAAUGCUGCCCACCACGCCGCCUGUUGUAAAUCCCAGCAGCAGCCUCGUCACCGCAGCCCAGCGGAGACUUCCCAGCCCACCUGUGCUGCACCGAAAGCAGCAGCAGCCGACGCCUCCCUCCACCCCUCCCGCCACGCGCAAACUCCCAACACCACCCCCGGUAAGCCAAAGGAGACAUGCCACCAGCCCCAACAGUGCCACCAGCAAGCAGAGAGACCAGCAGCCCGGUCCUGCUGCUGCCACAUCAUCUACCUCAUACUCCUUUAAGACGCCGUCCCCGCCUGCCUCUCCAAAGACACAGAGAUGGGGCCGGGACAGCAACAGCAGUAGUGACGCCUCGUCAUCCGCCUCCGCCUCAUCACGGGUGUCCAGCAACGCCCGUUCUGUGUUCUGUCCCGCAUCGCCGUGCAUGUUCGAGGCCAAGCCCUGUUGCUCUGUUCCCAAAAAGCCCCAGGCUUGGGCUUCCACGGAGAGCCCUCCCCCUCCGGCUCCGGCUCCGCCUACUGCCUACUUCUGGGGGGAGCGUGGGCGAUUUCCCGUGUCGGUGCCCGGACGGCCCUACGUCAGGCGGAGCCAGUCGGAGCGGAGGCCCAGUCUGCAUUCCGCCUCCUCGGACAGAACCAGCCCCUCCGUCGCCGAGACCUGCGGCAGCGAACCCACCAUCGCCACCCAGCAGUGA